CCGUACAUGCGUAGUGACAGUUUAAAAUUACUAACGGCGCUCGGCUGAUUAGAAAUGAAAAAAGUUUAUUUAAAUCUGUUAUUUAUAUUGUAGAAGAUUGACUGCUAUUACUCUCAAAAGCUUUUGACAUGAUGGAUAUGAGCCGCAUGAAAAUUGGAAUAAACGUUGACAUCCAACGUACAGAUGGUCGAAUCCACUCUGCUGUAAUAAGUGGUGUGAAUCCUGAAGCCAAAAGUGUGACAGUUGAAUGGUUUGAAAGAGGAGAAACAAAGGGAAAGGAGAUUGAGGCUGAGGCAAUAUUUUCCCUGAACCCUCACCUUGGAGAGGGCAGCAAGCCAGGAGGCCGGGAGACACACUCCUCACAGAGCCAGCUGAACGAUGAUGACGAUGAGGAAUACACUAAUGGUAGCGUCAGUCCUACCGAGCCGCCCCCACUAGCGGGGAAGGGGCGUGGCAAAAAGGGUGGUAGUGGUGGAACUGUCUCGUACAGAUCGAGUAAUCGAGGGACCGUAAGCAAUGCCCAGGAAACUCCCCGCUUCAGCAACAGAGCAGGAUCAGCGCGUUCCCGUCAGAGCUAUGCAACAAGGCCUCCAGCCACCCAACAGAAUGGCCAGGCGUCUAACGGCCAGGCAGAGGUGGCAGAGGUAGCCAAGAAGCCAGGAAUACCAGUACCAGCUGACCGGCGGAAAUCCAAUUGCGUGAAGGAGGUUGAGCGCAUCGAGCAGCGUCGCAAGGAGCGUCGGGACAAACAGGUUGCGAUCAAGGAACAGCAGGAUGUUGAGUAUGACACCGGAGACCCCAACUGGCAGUUCGCUGCAAUGAUAAAGGAGUUUCGAGCCCACCUGGAGUACCGGCCCCUGACAUCCUCAGACCCCAUUGUGAACCAUCAGAUAAGUGUCUGUGUACGCUGUAGGCCACUGAACAAAAAAGAAUGUGCGAAGAAGGAAGUCAAUGUUUUAACUGUACCUAACAAAGAAAAUGUGAUAGUCCAUGAACCCAAAACUAAAGUGGACCUUACUAAAUAUUUAGAAAAUCAAAACUUCCGUUUCGACUAUGCUUUUGAUGAAAAUGCUACAAAUGAAAUUGUAUAUAGGUACACAGCAAAGCCGCUUGUUGACUGUAUCUUUGAGAGCGGGAUGGCAACAUGCUUUGCUUAUGGCCAGACUGGUUCUGGUAAAACGCAUACAAUGGGAGGGGAGUUUACAGGGGGCCGGGGUCAACAGGAAUGUGCAAAAGGCAUCUACUGCCUCGCCGCGAGAGAUGUUUUUAAAUUAUUACACACAAAAUUUAAGAAGGCAGAUUUGGUUGUUGGGUCAAGUUUCUUUGAAAUCUACAGUGGAAAGGUGUUUGACCUAUUAAACAAGAAGCAGAAGCUGCGUGUUCUUGAGGACCAUAAAGGUCAGGUACAGAUUGUUGGCCUGAAGGAAGAGGUGAUCACGAGUGCAGACGACGUUCUCCGCCUCGUUGCGCAUGGCAAUAACGUACGCACAUCUGGUGUUACCUCCGCCAACCAGCACUCAUCUCGCUCACACGCUGUGUUCCAGAUUAUCCUACGAAAAAAGAGUACGUCCAAACUGCAUGGAAAGUUCUCCCUUAUAGAUCUUGCAGGUAAUGAGAGGGGUAAGGACACGAACAGUUCUGAUAGACAGACAAGGAUGGAGGGUGCAGAAAUCAACAAGAGUCUUCUAGCCCUCAAGGAGUGUAUAAGAGCAUUGGGCAGAAAGGCUGGAGCAUACUUGCCGUUUCGAGCAAGCAAACUCACUCAAGUGUUACGAGAUUCCUUCAUAGGAGACAAAUCCAGAACUUGUAUGAUUUCCAUGAUUUCCCCGGGAAUGGGCUGUUGUGAGCACACAUUGAACACGCUCAGAUAUGCAGACCGAGUAAAGGAACUGGGUCCAGGGGGACGGGUGGAGGGUAAGCCGGCAGAGAUUGACCUUUCUGACAACUACAACAACAUGGGGGCCAUGUCACCACAGAACAGUGCCCUUGCACUACUCAAAACUGCUAAUCAAGAUGAGGUAACGGAUGAAAUGAUGACGUUCCAUGAGAAGGUGAACCACAUGCAGGAACUGGAAGAGGAGAUCAUUGACGACCACAAGUCUCUUAUUGAUAGCUCUCAAAAGUGGCUGACGGAACAGAAGAAGUUACUCAAACAGUCUGAUGAAGUGGACUACGAUGUCGAAGCAUAUGCAAAGCAGCUGGAUUCCCUGCUUGGAAAGAAAAUAGAUGAGCUUGUUUUAUUGAGAGAGAAGGUGACCAAUUUCCGUAAGGAUAUCCAGGAAGAAGAGACACUGAGUAAAAACAUGAAGGCUGGCAAGAAGAAGUGAGAGAGGCAUACAUGCCGCCAGCUGACACCUUCCAUCGUACCCAUGCACAAUCCACACAGCAUAAUGUGAUCGCCUACUGCAGUGUAUUCUUGCCUAUUGGUGUCCUACUUGACGCAAGGUUUUGUCUGAAGUCCAUGUGAUAUAUAUAUAUACUGAAACUUUGAGUUUUCUGUAUAUACUGGUCCAAUAGGAUGUUAAUGAAUGAAAGGUAUUUAAAUGUAAAAAGCAAUGUUGUGCAUUACAUGUUCUUAGCUUUUUUAAGAGGACCAACUGAUUAUGCUUUUAUUGCAAACCUCACAGCAAUAACAUACAUGUAGCAAUUGUCUGUACAAGAAUCUCUCAUGUAAUCUUGCAUCUGAAAGUUUGUUGCAGAUUCAGAGUAUGAUAGUAUUUAUAUUUGUGUGGAUUAUAUGAGAACUGUUUAUCAAAGAAUGAAAAUGUACAGAUAGAUUUAGUAACUGUAAAAUGCACCAUGUAAUGGUCUCUUUCAUUGAGACUUAACAAAAAAAUGUCCGUGUUCCUUUUACAUGCUGAAAAAAUAAAUCAGGCCAGGUACGUAAGGAAGGGACAACAUUUUAUUUUAGAAAUUAUUUUAUUCUGCACAAAGUAUUUUGUAUUGUUUACAUACCUACACAUUCUGACAUUGUUGCUGUCAAGAAAGUAACAUGAUCAAGUAAAUUGUAUCACUUUGUUCAAACAAUAGUGCCAGAUGGCUUAUACUUCCAAUAAGAAUUCUUAUUCUUAUUUUAUAUACUUUCCAAUUUUAUUUAUUCUCGGGACUUAAAAACAGUCUGGUAAAACCACAGUCAUCUUUGUUUUGCCUAUCCAAAAUACAAAGCAAAGUCCCAUGUUGAAUGAUAUACAAAAGAUGAUGGUUAACUGAUAGGAAAUCAAAUAAUUAAUUUGAAAGAAAUCUCUAAAAUAUGAAUAAUUUCAGUGUUGGUCAUUUGAUAAAACAACUUGAAUUAAAUCCUUUGUUCAUGUUCGCUUUAGAUUGAUGUAAUAUGUGUUUUGAAUACAGCCCCUCUUCCAAAUGAAUGAUCCAAUUCAGGGCCUUUUACUCUUCUUUGCCGUAGCCCAUAUCUGUCUACUACCCCAAGGGCCAGACCCUGGGUAAUUUCCAUAAAUAGCCUCUGAAACCCCUAUUUUCAAUUAUUUUUUUUAUGAAUCUCUGGACUCAUUAAAUUAUAUUUCUAAGUGAUUUAUUUACAGCUUUAUUGAUAUUUUCCUCCAUUUGUUCUCAAAAUGGUUGAAAAGUACUCUUUUCCUCAAAACUGAAAAAAUCACUUUUUUCCACACGAAAAGGGCUAGGGUGUCUGCCCAUAAGUGGUAAAGGCCUUGCAAUUGUCGCCUUAUAUUAAGAUUAAUGUUUAGAUUAAUGAAAUAUGUGUUUUGAAUACAGUUAAUGGCCCAAUUUCGAACAUGAUCAAAGUUUCUAGAAGAAAGAAACACAUUUUUUUCACUGCUGAUUGUUUCCCUUAAAAUUGUUGUUUAACAAAUGUCUCGUAUAUAUAAAACACAGAUCUUUGGGUGGCCAGUUUUUCUUCAUGUACUAAUGUUAUGCUUCUGAUAUUCAAAGUAAUUUCUGUGUCCAUACAAUCUAGUGUAGACCUCACUCACUUCAGUAUUAUUGUUGUAAUCCUGUAUAUACGUUGAUCAUUCAUGGCCUGUUGUCAAGGGUACUGUGAUAUUGAAACUUGCUGGUGAGAUGACUUAAUGCUCGCCAGUUAGCUUGUACCGUAAUAAUUUCCAAGAUGCAAAUGUUUAAUUUUAAAAUAUCUUAGUUUAUUCUAUUGAAUGCCUCUGUCAUAUAUGAUAAAACAAACAUUUCAAGAUUAAAUUGUUUGAAAGAGAACAAAAAUAAACCUGGCUUUUCUUACUAUAAAUUUGUGUAUGUUCUAACUGCACUGAUAGCGAUGUGCAUUUGUUUGGACCCCUGUACUUCCAUUAUACGACAAGUUGUCUGUCUUUAGACAUACUAACACAUUUACUUAUUGUAUUUAUUAAGUGUACCAUAUUGAUGGCUGAACUUUUUACCAUAGUAUAAGUUAAUCUGCGUUUUCAUGUAGGAAAGAUGUGAGAUAUAUUGUGUUUUGUUUAUAAAUGGCACUUAUAUAUGUGGUGUUGACAAUAGUGAGCUUUGUGUCAGAGAAUGAAAUGGUAGCUGCUUUGACAUAUACAGGCAUUUUUUUAUAUUGUAGAUAGAUGAAUAUUUAUAAGUAUGUCUGUAAGCACAUGUCUGUUCAUGUCAUUCUCACAUUUAUAUUUACUUUAAUAUCCUGUAAAUAUAUUUUAUGCGGUCUGUCAUUUAGAUAAACAACAUGUUGUCUGUCUGCCAUGGCUUGCUCACAUAAAAAUGUCUAUCUAUAUUUGUCAUAAAGAUGAUUGAUAAAUGCUUCAAAAUAAAAUUCAUUUAUUUUAACCAAUAUUUGUUAUUUUUAAUUAGAUUAUAUAAUUAAACCUCAUUCACAGUGCUAUUUAUCUAUUCCAUAAACUAACCUGCAAGUCUGAUUUUACUGUCACUAUUAAGUAGUCAAUGACAAUUAAUGUUUUUUUUUCAUUUCUUUUUGUUUCAAUUAUCAUAUAUUUAAACAAUUAAUGAUUUCAAUCUUUAGUUAAUUGUGUUCGAGACAAAUGUAAAUGUUUGGUUGUGAUUAACUACCCAGUAGCUUAUUUAGGGCAUUUCUCUCAUUACCUGUGGCUAGAUCAUUCAUCACAUUUUCUCGCUCCUUUGUACAGGUGCAUUUUAGGUUUUGUUUUGUAAUAUUUUGAUUUUUUAAUGACACUAGAUCUGCUUGUUGACCCUGCCUUACAUGCAUACCUUUCAGAUUAUUUCUUGAACAAAUGCUUUGACAUUUUACUAUGUAUUAUAAUCUGAUUACUGUUUCUUGUCCAUGGUUUUACAGUGGUUGAUGCCUUUUAACUAGUUGAUUCAACUAGACGGUGAAAGUUUUCUUUGAAUUUUCAACAAUCACAUAGUGUUGUUCCCAAGAAACAGAAGAUAAUAUUACUCGACUCUCAAACAGUGGAGUGUCCUUUGGUAAAUUUUGUACCUUUCGCACAUGUGACAGUAAUCAGAUUAGUUGUAACAAUGAACUAAACAGCUAAAACUUUCUGUGAUUGUAUGUUCUGAGCUUUUGAUUUGGUUUUAUCUGCCAUUUGAACUAUGAUACUGUACUUCUAUGUUGCCUGCUGAUAGUCCUGCUUUCCUCCGGGACCAGCUCUAAGAAUAAUAAAAUACAAAAUGUC